AUGCAGGUAAUAUUAGUACAAUUUGCGGCUCUGCUGCUCUUCAUCUUUAAUGUCCCUACCAGAGCGAAACAGGUAGAACUGGAUGUUAGCGAAAACGAGGAUACCGAUGGCAUCGUCGUCAAACUGAAUCCAGCCGAACAAUUUUUGCGUAAAAUAUUCCUGCCCACCACGGGAAAUGAGAUUGAGCGUGUUAUCAACACUUCAAGCAAGGAACUGUCCGAGGAGCAGGUCUUGUACGUCGCUUCGACGGGCGCAAAGGUCCAAGGGGUAUACUCGUUCUAUUUCGACGUAUUCAAUUUUGUUAUCGUUGCAACUGCUGAUUCUGUGGAGGCGUGGCAAAAGAAUUAUAAACACUACAAACCAUUGAAUGUAACCGUAAAUGAAAACAACUGCUUUGACGUUGAAAAAAUAACCAUAAGUGACCAUGCUAGGAAGAAGCGCAACUAUCACGUACGAGUUUGCCCCCAAAUCAGUGAUAAUAAAUGCAAGGUCAGAAUACUAGUGGAUAAACGCAAUUCGUCAUCUAGAUUGCGAAGAUUACUGCACGGUGGAGCUCAUGGUGUCCAAUAUCACGCACACACCGUUCUAUACGAGACAGUGCCAAGUGAUCACUCUCCAGAAUGCGACGAAUACACAACUGCGUACAAAUCACUUUCCUUGGAGGAAAGGCUGGAAGAGGAUAUCAAUUUCCACGACAUGUUAAAACUAGCGCAGUUACCCGAUGAUAAGUGUAAAUACGUGAAUCGGUUCUAUUAUUACCACAUAUUCCACGAAACGGAAGGUCAUUGUGAGAAGGAGGGAGUAACAUACGAGGCUGGCGACGGAAACGAAGGUGAAAUAAGUCGUAGGGGAUCUCAUGCAUCAUCUUGCUCUGCUGAAGAGAUAGAGCUUGGGGAAUGUGAGACUAUUGGGGAAGGUGCUGAUAGCGAGGACGAACCGCUUGGCUAUCUAGAUGGUGACAUCGAUGAUGAUUCGGAUGAUGGCGAUGUUGAUGAAGAUGAAGAUGACCUCCCGAAUAGAAAGGAAACCGAAACAGCGACCGAAUCUGACAUUGGUGAAACCAUGCCUGGCAACGGCCAAAAAACAAGCUUGCGACGAAACCAGGACACGGUAUCAGGUGACGAUGAUGCUAAUAAUCAAUCAGAUUGGACCAUACUGAAGCGAACAAUGAAGGAGGUCAGUCCGGGAGUUUUCAGAAUUCAAACUCUAUCGGAGAGACGCACCGGGGCUUCAACAACCAUGCAACAUGGUGAGGCUAAGACGACCUCAAAUGUUGAUCAGAGUAGUGUACGACGUGGUCCACCUCCUAAGCUUGACAAGAAACUGUACGGUGGUAAGCCGUUUGACAGAGACUUCGAAUACAUCGACGAAGACCCGCAGCCAAUUUUACAUCGACCAGUACACUACGACGGGGAGGAUAAUUAA